AGCGGAGGAAACUGACGUCGCACAGCUCCAGCCCCGCACCUCGGCGGAGCGUUAACACCUGCAGCAGGCCGAGCCUUUCUCCGACAGAGGAGUCAACAAAUCCAUCACAGCUCUGUAACAGGAGGGCUAAGACUAAACUAACGCUCUUGCCUUGACUCCAAAUGGACAAAUCUAUUUAAAAAGAAAAACGAUUUGAACGAGAAUCAAAAUCGCUUCCCGCCUUGCCCAAGGCCCUCUUCCAGAACCAGGGUUCCGACCCUCCCCCCCCACACUUUACUGGCUCCAGUGCCUGCCUCUCGGGGAUCUCGAGCAAGGGGAACAUAAUAUUGGACCGGUGAAACGGACCAAGGAAUCGAAGAAGAAUCCAGGAAAAACAACAACAACAACAACAAAUGGACCAGAUACUACCCGACCUGCCCUGAAUAGUCAAUACAUUUCCACCACUUGGCCGCGAAAGCAACAAACGUCUCCCGUCCAGGAGCCCCUGACAAGGCCGUGCUCACCCCAUAGGGUAAACCCAGCCACCCUCCAACGCCGCCUUCCUGUCAGGGGAUGCGGCCCCAGAGACCCGGUAACUGCAGCCGCGUCUCCAGGGCCUGCCGAUGACGUCAGCCGCCCUGCGGUAGCAUCGCGAGACUCCCACCUCCCUCCCGCGGCUCCCAGCGCUCCCAACCGCCAGCACCUGCUGCCAGGCAGCGGCGGGGAUGGCGAGCCGCGGAGCCGAGGCGGUGACGAGAGAAGCGGGUCCGCCAUUGGACAAGGAGGCCUGAGGGACGGGCCAGCCGUGCACAAGGAGAGACCGAGGCGGGUUGCCCCGAGAGAGCCAGGGCCAUGGAGGCCAACAUGCCGAAGCGGAAGGAACCCGGCAGGUCCCUCCGCAUCAAAGUCAUCUCCAUGGGCAACGCCGAAGUGGGGAAAAGCUGUAUUAUAAAGCGAUACUGUGAGAAAAGAUUCGUGUCUAAAUACCUGGCAACAAUUGGAAUUGACUAUGGAGUCACAAAGGUACACGUCAGAGACAGAGAAAUCAAAGUUAACAUCUUUGAUAUGGCUGGACAUCCCUUCUUCUAUGAGGUUCGAAAUGAGUUUUACAAGGACACACAGGGUGUGAUACUGGUCUAUGAUGUUGGGCAGAAAGACUCCUUUGAUGCCCUUGAUGCAUGGCUGGCAGAAAUGAAGCAAGAGCUUGGACCUCAUGGAAACAUGGAAAAUAUUAUAUUUGUAGUUUGUGCCAACAAGAUUGACUGUACCAAACACCGUUGUAUAGAUGAAAGUGAAGGACGUCUUUGGGCUGAAAGCAAAGGGUUCCUGUACUUUGAAACUUCAGCACAAACUGGAGAAGGCAUUAAUGAGAUGUUCCAGACCUUUUAUGUAUCCAUAGUUGAUUUAUGUGAAAAUGGCGGGAAACGCCCUACUACAAAUAGCAGUGCUAGUUUCACCAAAGAACAAGCAGAUGCCAUUCGCAGAAUUCGAAAUAGUAAAGACAGUUGGGACAUGCUGGGAGUCAAACCUGGGGCCUCAAGGGAUGAAGUCAAUAAAGCGUAUCGAAAACUUGCUGUGCUUCUUCACCCUGACAAAUGUGUAGCGCCUGGUAGUGAAGAUGCCUUCAAAGCAGUUGUGAAUGCUCGGACAGCCCUCCUGAAAAACAUCAAGUAGAAGGUAGAGAAAAAAGCCAAGUGCGGGACUCAAGCGCAAACAGACUUUCCCUAGAGGUGAAAUAACCAACAUGAAGUUUUCCUUCCCAGAAUCUCACUGCUCUUUUUAUUCAUUUGUGUAUUAGUAAUUCAGGUGUCUGUUGCCAUUUCAUAGGCAUUUUACUGAGAGAUGAUCUGCACUUGUAUGAAGUGAAGAGAACUGAACGUCACUUACACCCUUAUACUUCAUUUCAUAUAUCUAGAUAAUCUGAUUUUUUUUCUCAUUCAUCAGCUCUGUAAUUGUAGCAUUCCUUAGACAUUUCACUUGGGGAAAUGCACGAGGUUUCUGGAGGGAGGGAAGAGAGGACAAGAGGACCCUUUCACUUUUUCUUUUUUACUCAGUUCAUCAUCAGAGAAGAAAAUAACAAAAAUGGAAGCAAAACAUCAGAUCCCCUGUAAGUUUAGUGUGAUCUUAAAGACAAGGUGCUGCUUUUACAAUGAGCUCCUUAGGUGGUAUUUUAACCAUCGAUCUGUAAUGAUGACUCUUGGCAGCCCCUUGGGAGUUUGUAAAAUGAGGUGAUUCAGUUCUGAAUUGAGCAGUCCUUUAUGACAUUCACUCUCUUCCCCUUCUGCAGCCACCAGGGGGAGAGACAAGCCAGUCCUAAGAGAAAAGGUGGUGGCAGCCACAAAUUCUAGGUACAUUGGUUGCUGCUUAUCCUGCCCCUGGAUCUGAGGCCUUUCCUUUGCCAUACAAAUGGUUGCUGAUAGCAGUAGAGAGCACUGUGCACCUGGGAAUGAGGAAUCAGACCCCAAGAAGAAGUACUUGCAGAAGCCAGGCACAGUAGUAUCCACCUAUAGUCCUAGCAACUCAGGAGGCCAAGACAGGAGGAUUGCUUGAGCCCAGGAGCUUGAGUCCCACCUGGGCAACAUAAUAAGACUUUGUCUGUUAAAAAAAAAAGAAAGGUACUUACAGGUCACACUUGAAGAUUCUGCACACAUCGGCAGAGAGAAAGGCCAGCCAAGCUUGGGGCAAGCUUGAUGCAUGCAGUAGGAGAGACUUCUUAUGAGGCUUAGCCCUUGUCUUAUUGCCAGCCUUUGCCUCAGGCAGGUGGGAAUGGCAGGGUCACUCUUCUGCAAAGCUGGCCUCUUCUACACUUCCUCACCAGUGUUGUUUCUUCCUUUUUUUUCUUCCCCUUUCCCUCUUGUGUUUUUUCUGAACCCUGCAUCCACCAUCAUUUCUCUCCUCUUGAGUCCCUGGCUUCUGGCCACUGCCUCCUCCCUUUUCUAAGCCUUGGCCAGGGCCCGGUUGACCAGAGACAAGUAUGGAUCCUUUGGCUGCCAGUCAGGGGAGAUCUCGGGGCCUCUGUGGGGAGGAAUCUCUGUAAUUCCUGCUUGGGCUCCAAAUCUCUAAAGAGUGGUAUUUUUAAACUAUAGCUUACAAAAUACAUUUUCUGGCCACAGUCUCCUCCUCUUUGGUGUACAGGGAUAGAUGAAGUUCACGUAUUAGGACUGGCACUCCUUUCCCUGCUUAUGGAACCAGUCUCAGCACUUGACUCACUACAUCACCACUCUUGUUAACAUCACUCAUUUUGAGCUGCAACCACACUAAUUCACAUUUUUAUAUACUUUCAAUUAGCUGACUAAUUGGGGCUUGAAAGUAUGUAAAAUAUUCUUAUCUUGUGAAUUUUAAAAAGCUAUCCCAUAUCAAUUGCCAAAGAGUGUCUACCUUACCACCUAAGAAGAAAAGCCACCUUCUUCCAGUCCAAGCCCACUGCAGUCUUGUGGAUUUUCCACGCAGCAGCUUUUCACUGUGUGACUGUACUUGGGCUACACUGGGCUUGUUAUCAGGAAACCAGAGCAUUGCUUUAUCCUAUCAGUUUUCAGCUUGGCAAUAUCAAAACAACUUUUUAAAUAAACUGUUUGAUAUAUGUCAACGAGGUUUUCCUCUGGCCUUUAACUGGCUUCUGAGGCUAUAGAACUUCAACCCAGAGUUCUUCGGGACCUAAAUUUUCCUUAAGGAAGGCCUUUAUCAUGCCGAAAGCACUCAGAUAUGUCUUCCCUCACAAUAGAAUGUAGAAGUAUAUGAAUGAGGGAUGAGCAUGGUAGCGUUAGCCCAGAUUGACAUGAUAACUCAAUGUGAGGCACUACAUGAAAGCUGGUGCCAGUUUUCAUCACUGUUAUUAAAUACCAGAUUGGUAACGUCAUUCAACUAUAUUGCGCAGAUGAACAAUUAUAGCAGAGAGCAUUCAUUAGUGCUUCCAUUCAUAUCCUUACAUGUGAGUUGCUGAAAUAUUCCUGAGCUUGAUUCUUAGGGCUUGGAACUCAGUUUCCAGCACCAUCAUUAUUAAUAUUAAGAAUGGCCAUAGAGCACUUCAUUUACAUAAAAGGAAUAAAAUAAGCAAGUUAAGCUUCAGGGUCCUACAAUUUUUGAUUUCUAUAAUCCUUCAGCAGAAUGUGAAGAAAUAACAAAGUGUGAUUUGUAAUAGAAAGUUUUUGGCACUAACUUCAUGCAAAAUUUCACAGACCUCUGUGCAUUAAUUUAAAUUCUUGGUGCAGAUGUGUGCUUUGCAGUUCAACUUUAUUCAAAAUCCUUCAGCCAGUUAGGAUUUCAAAAUACAUUAGCAAGAGUAACAGCUGGCAGAAUAAUUACAAUGGCUAAAAUGUUUUUAUAGAGAAUCUUGUUUUUCAAAAAAGAAUAAAAAGCUUGAAUAGCUAUUAUUGAAGAAAAGCCAUGUCUUCAACAUCUGAGUCACCAAGAAGUAACACUUUUUAAACUUGUUAGAAAUCCCUGGAGGGAUUUCAAAUUCAUCGUCUAAUCUACCUAAGCACUUUAAGAUACAGCCUCCUUUUGUUCAUCUGUUCCUCUUCAUGCCUCCUUUUGGAUUGAUAUCUCAGCUGUCAAUAUUUCUUUGACUUUGGCUUUGUCAUUUUUAUUUCUACAUAUAAAUGUGUCCCUGGUUUUAUUAGCCUGUUAAUUUAAAAGUACAGACUUGGGGGUCAUUGUGUUGCUACCCAAGAGAAAUUGCUACGGUUCUGUAGAUUGCACAUCCUUCUUUAAGGCAUACAUUUACCUCAGGAAACUUACCCUAGUAGGUUCUGAUAUACUGAAUUCUAAACUAAGUGACUAUUUCUUUAUACCUAUAAACUAGUACCUGAUUCACUGUUAGCUAAAGGAGCCAUAGAUAAGGCAGCUAAAUUUCUGAAAGAUAGCCUGAGUAAGUAGGCAGCCACUACAAGCUCCGAAUCAUAGAACGACAGCAUCACAAGGGGGAGGGAGGGAUUUGGCUCUGAAGUUAGAAAGGGUGGAGCUGUAAGCCAUGUGCAUGUUGCCUUUGAGAGUGACAGUGCCCCUCUUACAAGUAAUUCCACUAGGCACGGAAAUUCCAACCUCCUUUGCUACUGUACCCCAUCAAGCUUACUCUGAAUCAAAGUUUUUGUAGAACUUUUGAAAAUGAACUUAGCUGCAAAAUAUACCUAACCACCUUCCAUUGCAAGCUUUGUAAAGUGAAGAGAGGUUCAUACUUCUCAUAAUUGGUAUUUAGCACAAUUGGAAGACACAGUUAUAUUGUCUGUAUAUUGUUUUUUCCAUUAAAAUUUUCUAGUGAAGACAAAAGCUUACACUUGUGACAUGGAUAAGUGAGAUGGUGACUAACGAGCAGUGCAAUAUUAGGCGGUGCAAUAGAGGUCCUAUUGGAGAGAUGAGUUUUGCUGGGGAGCUGGACAGUGUUGGUUAGCUUCCUACAUUGAUUGCUCCUGGGCAUUCUUCCCCAUUAACUGAAAGCAGAGUCUAUCAAUGAGCUCUUUGCUCUUACAAGGUAAUUUACAUAUUUCUUUCUGUUGAAAUAACUGAAAAUGUUAGAUCUACCAGUUGUUUAUGUCUUGUAAACAGAGUGUCAUAUGUAUUUAAGUUGUGUAUUUUUAUAAAAUAAAGCCAAAUAUCAAACA